AUGCGUCUAAAACUGUUUCUUUUGGUCUUCGCGACAUGCGUACCGUUUUCGUCUCUGACAGACAAAAGACAAGUGCCUGGUAUUGCGGAUCCUGGAGGUGGAACAAUUCGCAUCGUGUUACCCAAAGAGGAAAUGAUAAAUGCUCAAAGUUGGUUGAUUGAGAAUGCAUAUAAUAUGUCGCAAUAUGACCUAAUGAAAUUUGCCAACUGGAUUAAUAAUGAGGGAAAAGACCCGUUCCCGUUAUCCACCGAUAAACUUUCAAGUUUCCAAAAUUGGAUGACUUCAAAAUCUAAAAGCCUCCUCGGAUUAUCAUCCGAUGAACUGGAUGCUGCUCAACUUUGGCUGAAAGAUAACACAGAAAACCUUGCGCCAAAUGACCUGACCACCUUCCAAAACUGGAUGAAAUCCGGUGGAAAUGGGACGAUUCCACUGCCAUCUGCAGAUCUUUUGGGAUAUAAGGAUUGGAUGAAAAGUCAGUUAGGAGAAAUGAUUGGAGAUCUCGGAGGGAAUAUUGGAAGUGAUUUGGGGAAACAAUUGGGGAACCAGUUCAAUCGAGUAGAGAAUAUAUUGAGCAAUCCGCCAACAAGUAUUCAAAAUAUGAAGAUACCGGAGGCUCUUGUUGGACCUCUCAUCAAUGUCACCAGCUCAACCAUUAGCCAGACGGCCACGGAACACUCGAGUGUUGGUCGAACAUUUAAUGGAAUGGCUAUCCAAAACUAUCUCAUUGACCAACAUUAUACACCAAAAGACAUCGUGGCUGAUGGCAUCGUUGCAGCAGUUAAAAGGAAGCAUGGCAUCGACAAGUUUCUAGAUUACGGUGAAGUGGGGACAGCUCUAGGGGAAUUGCAUAAAGUCAAAGAUGCACUAAACCCGAUUAAGAAAGUGGAGAACACUCUGAAUUCCAUUCCUUCCAAUUUCCUACCCACGGAUACUGUACCAGGCCUGGAAAAGGGGAUCAAUGCUAUCGAGAAACUUGGAAAUGGCGAAAAGUUGUAUGAGGUGGUGGAAGAGGUUUUUGUCGAGUAUGUCAGUCCGCUGAAACUGGUGAAUGAUGUGAUUGGAGGGGUGGUUGGAGAUUUGGUAUCAGAUGUGGCAGAUGGUGCUUUCAACUUCUUUGAUGGUCUUUCCAGUUCGUUUUUCGGUGGAAAACUUCCGAGUGUUUCUUCUCUCCUUGGGUCGGCUAAACAGGGAAUCGGAGCUAUCGAGCGGGUGAUGGAUGGAAAUUUUGAGACCGCGUUGGGUGAUAUUAUCUCAAUUUUUGGGAAAGAUGAUGAUGAUAACGGUGGCAGUCUGUUUGAUCAGUUUAUGAAUAAGGCGAAAGAAGUUCACAGUGCAGCCGAUGAACUGAUAGAUUUCAAGAAAUCCAUUCCGGGUAUUGAAGGAGCAGUAGAUCAUAUCAAACCGUUGUUCAGCAAAGAUUUUGACAGUAAAAGUCUGACAAAACAGUUGAAUCCAUUCAAGGAUAUUGUUGGAGCAUUCACAUUGAAAGAUGCUCCGUUAUCCCUCCCUGCUGAAAUGAUCGAUGCCUUGAAACUGAAAGAGAAGGGGUUCGACGGUCUUCUCAAAAACUUGCCUUUCAAUCCUAAAGAGUUUCUUGAGGACCCGUAUAAAUUUGAUGGUCUGUAUGGUGCUGAUGGAUUAUAUGGAGUCAAUGGGUUGUUUGGAAUCGACGGUUUUUAUGGGCCUAACUCGUUAACCGGGCCUUAUGGACCUAACGGUGACUUUGGACCAAAUGGAAAUUAUGGACCGAAUGGUGUACAUGGACCAAAUGGGCUUCUCGGACCGAAUGGACCCUUUAAAAAUGCAAAGAAGACUCUGGACAAGCUCAAAACUUUGGCCCUUCCAACGAAACUCAAUGGUGUCAGUUUGCUGGAUACUCCGUUUGGACCCAGCGGAUCUCAUGGAUUGAAUGGAUUAUUUGGGCCUAAUGGACCUUAUGGACCGCUUGGAGAGUUUGGACCGAAUGGACUUUUUGGACCAGACGGACCGUAUGGACCAAAUAGAAAUAAGAAUUUAUUGUCGAAAAUCAAAAAUAUUGUUCGGAGAAGUGCUCCUUCUGAAAUUCGGAACUCAUCGUCACCUCCUGCUGCAUGGGAUACAGUACACCCAGAAUUUUCGACGACUAAGCUAACAACCCUGCCAACGAUCUCCCCAGUGACCCUUCCUCAAGAUACCACACAUCACGAUCAACCAAUUUCCGAGGAAAAAAACAUGCCAUGGACUACAGGUAAUCCUUGGGACACAAUUCAUCCAGAAAUUCUUGAGAAUCCGAAUAAUGAUAGCUGGACUACUGGCGGCGGUUCCUGGGAUACAACACAUCCAGAAUUUUCGACGACUGAAUCAUCUGAAAACACGGAACAGUUUCCAGGACCAGUUCCUGCUCCUCCAGGACCAAUACCUGCUCCCAUACCAGAAAGAUCCCAGGAACGUCCAUUGGGUACAACAGAUCUUCCUCAUCCAGACACAGUUCAUCCAGAAUUGACGGAAUGGAUACCAGAUAACGGAAAUGGCGGAGCAGAUAAACCGAUAGGAAUAGAAAGACCAGAGGAACGUGCUGGACCUCGGAAUUCUCCGGACAAACCCAUUUCUAUAGACCGUGGACCUGAAAAUCAUGAUAGAUGGACAACUGGUGGUGGUUCAUGGGAUACGGUACAUCCAGAAUGGAUGACAACCGCACCAACUCAUCCAGAACUGACGGAAUGGAUACCGGAUAAAGGAAAUGGGGGAGCAGAUAAGCCUGUUGAGAGACCAAGACCAGAAGAACGUGGUGACACUCGGAAUUCUCCGGACAAACCAAUUUCUAUAGACGGAGAAUCUGAAAAUCCUGACAGAUGGAGGACAACUGGUGGUGGCUCGUGGGAUACGGUACAUCCAGAAUGGAUGACGACUGAAUUACCUAGAAACCCGGUACCAGCAAUCAAUCCACCGUCUCCAAGUGAAGACAAAUCACAGGAACUUCCAGGGGGCACUGAAACGGAAUGGAUACCGGGUAAAGGAAAUGGGGGAUCAGAUAAGCCAGUUGAAAGACCAAGACCAGAAGAACGUUCUGGACCUCAAAAUUCGCCGGACAAACCUAUUUCUGUUCACCAAGAAACUAGGGAUCAUGAUAGAUGGACAACUGGUGGUGGCUCGUGGGAUACGGUACAUCCAGAAUGGAUGACGACUGAAUUACCUAGAAACCCGGUAAAGUUCCCGGAAAUUAACCCACCGUCUCCAAGUCAAGAAAGAUCACAGGAAGUGAUACCGGAUAACGGAAAUGGUGGACCAGAUAAACCAGUAGGAGUACCAAGACCAGAAGAACGUGUUGGGACUGGUAAUGCACCUGACAAGCCUAUUUUUGUUGACCAAGAAACUAGGGAUCAUGAUAGAUGGACAACAGGUGGUGGCUCGUGGGAUACGGUACAUCCGGAAUGGAUGACGACUGAAUUACCUAGAAGCCCGGUACCAGCAAUCAAUCCACCGUCUCCAAGUGAAGAAAGAUCACAGGAACUUCCAGGGGGCACUGAAACGGAAUGGAUACCGGGUAAUGGAAAUGGAGGAUCAGAUAAACCAAUAGGAGUACAAAGGCCAGAAGGACGUGCUGGGACUGGAAGUCCACCUGAUAAGCCAAUUCCUAUAGACAAAGACUCUAAGAAUCAUGACAGAUGGACAACGGGAGGUGGCUCGUGGGAUACGGUACAUCCAGAAUGGGUGACGACAGAAUCACCAGGAAUCCAGUUUGGAGGUCCGGAUAAGCCAAUAUUUAACCCACCACCUCCACGUGGUCCUGAUCAUGAUAGAAAUGCCGGUGGACCAGAUAAACCAAUGGGACCAAGAAGUGAGGAGUCUGGAACACCUGAGAAACUACCACCUGGUCCGGGAACCCAAGGAAUUCCAGAAGGCAAUCCGGGAACUCCAUCAAAUCCAGAAUCACCAUCAAAUCCAGGAGUACCAUCUAAUCCACGAUCACCACCGAGUCCAGGAUCUCUACCUAGUCCAGGAGGACCGAAAGACGGUGGCAACGAAGGUAAUCCGAGUGUGAUACCAAAAACACCUGGUAGUAAUUCCAAUCCAUCUGAUCCAAAUCUUACAUCAAGUACGGAAGACCCAAAAAGAGGAGGUGUUAUUCCAAUACCAUCGAGUUCAGGAUCUUCACCAAGUCCAGGAUCUCCACCUAGUCCAGGAUCUCCACCGAGUCCAGGAUCUCCACCGAGUCCAGGAUCUUCACCGAGUCCAGGAUCACUACCAAGUCCAGGAUCUCCACCAAGUCCAGGAUCUCCACCGAGUCCAGGAUCACCUAGUCCAGGAUCACCAAAUCCGGGAUCACCAGCAGUCACACCAAAAACAUCUGGUAGUAAUUCUAAUCCAUCUUAUCCAAUUUUCACAUCAACUACUGAAGACCCUAAAAGAGGAGGUGCUAUUCCGAUUCCAGGACCAAAUAUACCUGAUCCAGGAACUAAAGAAGGAGGGCCGAAAGGAGGUGGACCAGGAGUGCCGGAUGGAGGUCCCAAAGUUCCAGGUGGUACUAACCCGGAGGAUCCAAGAGGAGGACCAAAAGGCGGUGGACCAGGAGUGCCAGAUGGAGGUCCCAAAGUUCCAGGUGGUACUAACCCGGAGGAUCCAAGAGGAGGACCAAAAGGCGGUGGACCAGGAGUGCCAGAUGGAGGUCCCAAAGUUCCAGGUGGUACUAACCCGGAGGAUCCAAAAGGAGGACCAAAAGGCGGUGGCAAAGACGGUCACCCGAGCGUCACACAAAAAACACCUGGCAGUAAUUCCAAUCCAUCUGAUCCAAAUUUUUCAUCAACAACAGAAGACCCUAAAAGAGGAGGUGCUAUUCCGAUUCCAGGACCAAAUAUACCGGAUCCAGGAACUAAAGAAGGAGGACCAAAAGGAGGUGGACCAGGAGUGCCGGAUGGAGGUCCCAAAGUUCCAGGUGGUACUAACCCGGAGGAUCCAAGAGGAGGACCGAAAGGCGGUGGACCUAGCGUGCCAGAUGGAGGAACAAAAACUCCGAACGGUACUAACCCAGGGGAAACGAAAGAAGGACCGAAAGGCGGUGGCAAAGAAAGUAACCCGAGUGUCACACCAAAGACACCUGGUAGUAAUUCCAAUCCAUCUGAUCCAAAUUUUUCAUCAACAACAGAAGACCCUAAAAGAGGAGGUGCUAUUCCGAUUCCAGGACCAAAUAUACCGGAUCCAGGAACUAAAGAAGGAGGACCAAAAGGAGGUGGACCAGGAGUGCCGGAUGGAGGUCCCAAAGUUCCAGGUGGUACUAACCCGGAGGAUCCAAGAGGAGGACCGAAAGGCGGUGGACCUAGCGUGCCAGAUGGAGGAACAAAAACUCCGAACGGUACUAACCCAGGGGAAACGAAAGAAGGACCGAAAGGCGGUGGCAAAGAAAGUAACCCGAGUGUCACACCAAAGACACCUGGUAGUAAUUCCAAUCCAUCUGAUCCAAAUUUUUCAUCAACAACAGAAGACCCUAAAAGAGGAGGUGCUAUUCCGAUUCCAGGACCAAAUAUACCGGAUCCAGGAACUAAAGAAGGAGGACCAAAAGGAGGUGGACCAGGCGUGCCCGAUGGAGGUCCCAAAGUUCCAGGUGUUACUAACCCGGAGGAUCCAAAAGGAGGACCAAAAGGAGGUGGACCAGGAGUGCCAGAUGGAGGUCCCAAAGUUCCAGGUGGUACUAACCCAGGGGAUACGAAAGAAGGACCAAAAGGCGGUGGCAAAGAAAGUAACCCAAGUGUCACAGCAAAGACACCUGGCAAUAAUUCCAAUCCAUCUGAUCUAAAUCUCACAUCAACUACUGAAGACCCAAAAAGAGGAGGUGCUAUUCCAUUACCAGGGCAAAAAGAGCCGGAUUCAGGAACUAAAGGAGGACCCAAAGUCCCAGAUGGCACUGGAGGAGGACCCAAAGUCCCAGAUGGCACUGGAGGAGGACCCAAAGUCCCAGAUGGCACUGGAGGAGGACCCAAAGUCCCAGAUGGCACUGGAGGAGGACCCAAAGUCCCAGAUGGCACUGGAGGAGGACCCAAAGUCCCAGAUGGCACUGGAGGAGGACCCAAAGUCCCAGAUGGCACUGGAGAAGGACCCAAAGUCCCAGAUGGCACUGGAGGAGGAGGACCCAAAGUCCCAGAUGGCACUGGAGGAGGACCCAAAAUCCCAGAUGGCACUGGAGAAGGACCCAAAGUCCCAGAUGGCACUGGAGGAGGAGGACCCAAAGUCCCAGAUGGCACUGGAGGAGGAGGACCCAAAGUCCCAGAUGGCACUGGAGAAGGACCCAAAGUCCCAGAUGGCACUGGAGGAGGACCCAAAGUCCCAGAUGGCACUGGAGGAGGACCCAAAGUCCCAGAUGGCACUGGAGGAGGACCCAAAGUCCCAGAUGGCACUGGAGGAGGACCCAAAGUCCCAGAUGGCACUGGAGGAGAAGGACCCAAAGUCCCAGAUGGCACUGGAGGAGGAGGACCCAAAGUCCCAGAUGGCACUGGAGGAGGAGGACCCAAAGUCCCAGAUGAUGGCACACCUAAAGACGAUGGGAAACCUAAAGACGAUGGAAAGCCUAAAGACGAUGGAAAACCAAAAGAUGAUGGAAAACCUAAAGAUGAUGGCACACCUAAAGACGAUGGAAAACCUAAAGACGAUGGAAAGCCUAAAGAUGAUGGCACACCUAAAGACGAUGGGAAACCUAAAGAUGAUGGAAAGCCUAAAGACGAUGGAAAGCCUAAAGACGAUGGAAAGCCUAAAGAUGAUGGGAAACCUAAAGAUGAUGGGAAACCUAAAGACGAUGGAAAACCUAAAGAUGAUGGCACACCUAAAGACGAUGGAAAACCUAAAGACGAUGGAAAGCCUAAAGAUGAUGGGAAACCUAAAGACGAUGGAAAACCUAAAGAUGAUGGCACACCUAAAGACGAUGGGAAACCAAAAGAUGAUGGAAAAGCUAAAGACGAUGGAACGCCUAAAGAUGACACCGAUAAGAAGGAUGACACCGGUAAGAAGGAUGACACCGAUAAGAAGGAUGACACCGGUAAGAAGGAUGACACCGGUAAGAAGGAUGACACCGGUAAGAAGGAUGACACCGGUAAGAAGGAGGACACCGGCAAGAAGGAGGACACCGGAAAUAAGGAUGAGAAAUGCACAGAUCCGAACGGUUGUGGUGGCGGAGGGAACGGCGGUGGUGGAGGUGGUAGUCCAUCAUUACCAGAAGUUCCAAAAGAUUGCCUUAAUCCACUUGGCUGUUCACCAAGUCCAUCCGUAGAAAACCCUUCGAGCACGAAUAGAAACAACGAUCCAGCUGAAGACGAAGAUCCCAUAGAUACGGUCGAAGAUCCCACAGAUGAAUUUGAUGAUGAUCCUGAUACUGAAGAUACUGAAAAAGAAGACUCGCCAGAGGAAGAAAAGCCUAAUGACGAUGACGGUCCGAGAUGUUAUAAAAAGCCUCCAGAGUUUACAAAACUGUACCAAGACAUGCCAAUGACCGAAACGUUCAGAGAUAUUCUCGAUGACAAAAUGAAACAGUUAUUCGACAAUGGAUUGGAUGGACUUGUGAAAGGGUUAGAAGGUGCACCUGACAUGUUUGCAGGGCUGGAAGACUUUCCGAAAUUUGAGAUUCCCGAAAACCCUUUGAUCGAUCUUUUCGAUCUUUUCAAAGAACGUGACAGGAUGAAACAGCCGAAGAGGAGGAAAAAUAAAGAUCGGACUACGGAAGCUCCAGAAGAUUCUACAUCUACAACUGAAAUGGAGACAUCGACAACUGAAGAAAUGACCACCACUGAUAACUCCACGGAAUCAACGACAGAGUACACUACUACAGUAGACCUGCAAGUCGGCGGAGAGACCACAACUCCCAUUGGAAAACAGGAAGCACAAACUACAACUCCCGUUCAGCAGCAGAAUCCAACGAAAUCCACGACGGAUAGCUCCAAAAAUCCAACCACAGCUGAAACCACUUCCGGCGGCAACAAUGUUUACUCAUCUUCCACGACUGAACCACCUCAGAUCUUCUUCAAAUACGCUACCACCACCACAGAACCUCCCGAGGAUUCAGAAGAUUCAGAAGACGACGAUGAUGACGAAGAUCUUCCUGAAAAGUUCAAGAACGAGCUGAAAAACUUGACGGACUGUCUUGAAAUCCCAAAACUCCCAGGGUUGGAUGUCAUCAAAAAGGUUGAGAAGUUCCCCGAUCUCUUCAAAAAUCUUGUGAAACCAUUCAAGAAGAUUCGGAAAUCCAUAAAACAGAUCAAGAACUCUCCCAAUUUUACGGAGAAUUUCAAUAAGAUACGAAGUGUCUACAACACUAUUGAAAAAGUAGCGAAUGGCAACUUUGACUUUUUGAAAAAUAACAAAGAUUUCGAACAAGUAUCUGACUUUUUGAAUGGCAUGAAGUCAGUUUUCAAGGGGUUGAAACCUGAUAAGAGUCUGAUGGAGAUUAUUGAAAAGAUCAAAAAGGGUGCCUCCGAGAUCACAAAGAUCAAAAAAUUCAUGAAGGAGGUCAAAAUUGGUGAUGAUAAGUGUAAAGACCUAGUAGAGAAAGUAAAAAAGUUGAAGAAAAUGAAGAAACUUCUGGAAAAACUUGAAAAAGUGAAACGGAAAAGAGUGGUGAAGAAGCUGAAAGAGGCCUACAAUGAGACAGAUCGCCUCUAUAAUGAGAUGGUUCUUCUCAAUCAAACCUUCGUAAAAUACAUGGAAAAUGUGACAGAAUCUUACGAUAUUCAGAGAUUCCAUGAUCAUUUCAAACACUCUACAAGCCUGCUCAUGGAGAGUGUAACCACGAUAAAAACUUUCAAAGAGCUGAAUAAAAUCGUCCAAUUGAGAAAAGAGGUCAGAACGAUUAUCAAGUCAGAACAUAUUAUGAAAGAAGUGAUCAAGACUGUCCAAGAUCCGGUGAAGAGAAUAGUUAUGGAAUUAGUGUGGAACGAUUUCAACGAGACAGCCCAGAAUCUGACGAUACUCACUGAAAAGUUAGAGAGACUUGAGCAUAUUCUGAAAUUCAAAAAUGAAACUGAAAUCAACACAAGUAAAACAGUCCGAAGCCACAAGGAGUCAAAAGUGAUCCGAGAGAUGAUAUUUGUCUAUGAGAAGGCUGCCGAAAUGAACUUCACCGAGAGCAUCGACUUGAGAGGAUUCAGAGACUCGCUGGUGAUUCUCGACAAUUCUACACUGGAUUCGAAGGUGGUUCGAGAGAUUUCCGAGUCAUUUGUGAAAGUGGAACGGCCAACGUCAACUAUAAAUUGGGAAACUAUUCAUACGGAAUUUGUCAGAAUGCCCAUGGUUUUGAGAAGUAUUGAAGCAGAUAUUCUGGCGUUUUCUGCAAAUAAUGAAGUGGUUGAUAAUUGGUGGAUCAUCUACCUGAUCAUUGGAAUCGGAUGUUCUCUCCUCUGCUCAUUGUGUUGUAUCAUAAUCUUGCUAUUCAUUUAUAUCAGAAGAACACGCGAAAAACCAUACACGUGUCUCGACGCGUUCUUCAAAUACUCGUACGUCCAAAUGCAAGACGCCCGUUUGAGAAUCAACAAAAUGGAUUCAAAAGGAAGAACUCAACUCUAUAAAGCAGUGAUCAACAAAAAUUGGAAAAAGAUGAGAAGACUUCUGGCGAAAGGUGCUCUCGUUGAUGCGACCUGUGGUCCAUAUCUUCGAACUGCUCUCUUCGAAUUGGUGCUCAAGAAAGACGCUGCGCAUUCUAGAGAGGUUUUGGAGAAAGGAGCCUGGAUUCUACAGCCGGAAGUUACUGGAAAGUAUCCCGAACAAUGGACGGAUCAGGCCGGAUUCAUGUUGUUGUUUGAUGAGUUUUCGAAACAACGGAAAAGAGUCAUUCCUCCACACACGCCAAGACCUUACAAUAUCUUGGUAGUGAAUGCGAAUUGUUUGACCGAAGAGCAAAAAGAUAAUUUGCCGAAAAGAAUUAAAAACAAGAUUACCUGGGGUUACAAACCUGGUAUGGAUUUGGAUAAGUUCACUCAUAUCGUGGUCCCUCCAAAGUAUACAAAGAAAGAGAACACGCUGACUGUGACUGAUGAUGAUUUGUUCAUCUGGAAAUGUGUUGCGAGCUUGAGCAAUGUGAUGCCUGAAAUUUGGUUCAAAGCGAUUUUGGAGAGUGCCAACUACAUUGAGAAGGACCAUGUUCACAUGCUGAUUCAUAUUGAAUACAGAGAUAAUGUUCAUCAAGAGACACUUCUGAAAUUGAAGACAGACUUGCAUAUGGGACGUCCGAAAUUCUUGACAAAUGCCAAAGUUACUAUUCUGGAUACGAAGGAGAAAAGCAAAGGGAAACACAAGAAAGAAUGGGAAGACAUCAUCCACUCGUUUGGUGCUGAAAUCUCAUCGAAACCGAUUCCUGAUAACAAGAAGACUCUUCUCCCCUAUAAUUCACUGUACCCAUACAAGAAAAGUGACAAAAAAGUUCAGAAUUCAUGCUGGAUUUUGAAGUAUGAUGAUAGCAAGGUCAAACCAGUCUGGAAAAGCGAUCAAGAAAAGUACACAGUUGUCCCAUUCCGUUUCGUUCUCGAGUGCAUCGCCCGUUAUCAAAUCUUACCAAUUGACAAUAAGGUGGUCCCAUUAGAAGUUGGAAAAUCAUCAGAGUCAACUAAAAAAUCGAAGGAAACAUUGAAUGGGUCCAAUGAAGGAGCGACACAAAGCAAGUCGAAGGAGAAUUUCACUAAAACUACUAGUGGAUCUAAAACACAAAUUACUCCAUAG